AUGAACAGUGAACAGGAAAUUCUGGCAGUGCUGUGGCGCAAGGCAAAAAAGCCGUCACGCAACGCUGCAACAUUAACACACAAUAUAGGAGUAACGUUCACUUUCCUCGAAACGCAAUGGGACGACAAAGCAAGGCAAAUUAUCGGUGCGCUCGUUGCGGUCAAUGCGAGUCGCAUGCACACCACCAUCUGGGCGGCGUUAUUCCAGCAGCUGCGAGAAACCGAUACCCCCAGCAUUAAAGUGUACAUCCUCAAACAGUUUGCAAAUAUCUGCUGGACUGUGCCGCUUGCGCAAGGUGCAAAUGCAUUUCGUGCCUUUGCAUUGGAAGUACGGCCGCUUCUUUCGGAUGUUCAAGUAGUGACAAAUAGCACAUUUCAAAGCCAUUUCUCCACCAUUGUUUCGUUCCUGGAGAAUUUCGCGGAAGAAGGAUUAUCGCUCGAACUGUUUAACAUCCUCUACGCUGACUUGGUGGAAUGGAAACGAGUCGACGCAAUUCGUGCUGUUUCGAACGCAACUGCUGUGUUAGUGUUGCGCAUUCCACAUUGUCCAACCGUGGAGACGCUUCUCCCACGUGCAAAGCAGGAAAUGGAGCUUUCCGGCUACAUAAUUCUCGUUGAAACACUUAUUGCUGCGGAGAACAGUGGCACCUGUAGACGAAAUCCGAAACGCUUCCGUUUCUUCUGCGGCGAAGUGGACGACGCACUACGCAUAAUCCUGCAGGCCAUCAACGAAAAUUGCAAAUCUAUUCCUCCAUGUGUAAGUGCCUAUCGACGGCUCAAAAACGUAGACGCAACUUGGGAAUCCACGUAUGCCACUGCGUUUUCGAAUGCAAUUUUACACGAAUUAGAGGCAGAGAACGCAAACGUGCUGCUCACCUGUCCGUUUUUGCAGUUUCUGCAGUCCACGUCUCACAAUUGGUGGAGCGGCAAGGGCACAAUCUGGAAACUCACUGGCAGUACUGAUCCUUUUGUGCGCGCUGACGCUUUCCUCGCGCUUUCUAGCAGGUCGCAUGUUCUCGACACUUCUGAGAAACGGCUCACCAUCGCCGAGCUGAUGGAGAAGCUGUUUCACUUUAUCGGAGAAAACUGCAGCUACAGCAUCGUCGCGAUUCUGAAGUUUUUGAGGGCGCUAGUGUUCAACUCCGAUAUACCGUCUUCGGCGCAGCAACUGUAUCUUGGGAAGGUGCUUCACAUUUGUUGCCGCUACGGAAAGGAGUUUAGUAACGACACAGCUGCUCAACUCGAGCUGCUAAAUCUUUUUUCCGCGACUUCCGUUGCACCGGAGGCUGUACAAAAACUGGCACUAAAGCUUUUUCUUCAAUCGAACGAUCGCACUGUCGCUGCAAGCGCGUUCAAAGUUCUUGUUGGUCUUUCAGCAUUGUGCAAACCAGACGAAGAGACGCUAGGUUUCAAGUACUUUGGCUCGCUCGAUGACUUUUUCGACGGCGCAGUUUAUGCAGAGCAAGAAGAACCCAACGAACGGUCUCUCUCUUUCGCAAACUGCAUGCCGUGUUAUGAAACUCUUUCCGCAGUUGUGCAUUGUCGGUUUCUUCAAUUGGCUGUUAACGAAUCGAAUGCAGGGUUCAACUACAUUGUUGCCAGUGACGCUGUGAAACACCUUUGCGGCGUAGUUGAUAUGCGAACCCGCUCCGUUUUCGUCUCCCAGCACUCGCCACUGACGAUUCUAUCACAAAUUCUACUUUCGCAUAGCGCAAUAUCGAGCGAUGCCUACAUCGCAAUAAUUCAGGCAGCUUCGGCCUAUGUAGGUCUCGAAGAAUGGGAGACGAGUGCAAAUGUAAAUUGCGUUGCUCGCCUGGUGCAGCAUUCUUGGAGCACUCUAGUGAACUGCGCUGCCGCGCUGUUUCCGGAGUUUUCUCCCUCUGUUGAAGCGCCAGCAUGUCGUUUCUUUCGAAAUGAUGCCACGCCUCUUCAUCUUCACGAACUGAUAAUACAAUGUAAGGACGUAGCACUGUCGAACGAAGUGCCCUUCCAUUCCAGUGUUUUUUUUGACAUUAUAGAGAGCAACAUUUGUCUGCUCAGUAACUGCAUAACCGCAUUAAAAGAUUCACCUCUUUUCGUAGAUGAACUGUUUUACAUGCUGGAUGAAAUUCUUAGAUUCAGUGACACUCUUUUUCAUUGUACUCCAAAGCGUACUCUUUGUUUCCUCACAACGACUUUUAAAACCAUCCUAACUUUCAGUGCCGCAAAUGAAUCAGAUCCGCACUUUAUGAAACGAUGCACAAUUCAUUUUGCAAACUGUUGUAGUUCCCUUGUCACUCGCGCCAUUACGCUGGAUUUUCUGUCUUAUUGCCCUGAUCUGUGUGAUUUUUUUGGUUUAUGCCUCCAGCUGGAUUCCGGCAAAAACGGUGGAAUUCUACCAGAGCUUGUUGCAAAUAACUGGAGUAUAUUCGCCCACUUGUUUUCUUUCUGUGGCAGUGAGUUUGUUGGUUACAGCAACAGCGACGAAGGAAGCGCUAUAUUUUGUAUUGUGCGGCUUAUUCGCUCGUUGUGCUGGAGCUCUUAUUUUCCACAAAUCGCGCAAGUUAUUUCGCUGAACGAUGUGCGCAGAGCAGCUAGUUCUUCUCGAAAAUGGAAGUGGUUUGCAGAAAAGAUGGAGUGCUAUCAAAUCAUUUCCGAUGUGCAACUGGCUUUUGAGAAAAGUGAGAGCAACACAACGGAUGUUGUGGCUCAGUGUCUUUGCAAGCAUAGUUCCUCGAAGAACUUUUUUGAUUAUUUUGAAAGUGUAAUUGAUUUAUUUAACGUUAGCGGCGUGGAAACUCAACGCAGAAUAAAAAAAACACUUUUUGCUCAAAACACUGGUGAAGGUUUUGUUUCCCUUGCGGCACUUGACAAUGCCUUCAUUUCUUCAGCCGUGGAAUUUGUUUUGGUCACACCCGUUGAGGAAGUUAUUUUGAAAACACUUUUAUUAAUUGUUUCGGAAAGUGAACAGGUAGAUGUUUCGCCUCUUGAGUUUUACGUUGCCGAUGCCGUUUUGGGCACAUCCGGUGAGCUUAUCAGAGAAAUUAUUGAGAACUACCGUUGGGGAUGGAUCUGGGGGACAAAAACUGUCAAAAUGCUGUCCAGUGGUGUUUUGAAACGCCAGGACACACCUCUCGGCCACUUCGUAAAACGGCUUUCUCAGUUGCCACCAAAACACCCGAUUGUUGUAGACGGUCACAGGUUUUUAUCGAAUGAUUCUGGCCCAAAAACCUUUUCUGUGCAAAACCAGCUGUUUCCUGGAAUUGCAACCAUUAGUUUACUAUUAAUCUCCCCAGAUGACAGUUUUAUUGUAAAUAACAGCGUCGAAGAAAUACUUGCUAGCGGCAGCCUCUCGGCACUGCAGAUACUUCAUCAGCUUUUUGUCACGCACGAUGAUUUUGAAGUUUUAUCUUCCCCCCAAGUCAUUUUUCUUUUUGCAAGACACAUUUCUGUCGUUCGAUCUGGUGACAUGCUUUUAUGGGAUGUUUCGGAGUGGAUCUCACUUCUCCGCUCGUGGGUUUCGGUGACACUCGCAACGCAACCGGAAUCAGAGCGGUGGGGAUGGCAGCAAUUAAGUUGCUGGAUACUUUUUUAUCGCGUGUACAAUCAUCUGUACUCUAUGGCCAAGAGCGGUCACCCGAGGUACCCGAAGGAAGGUGGAGUACAGCUCUUUGAGGAACUUCGCAGAAUUUACUUGAAUCUUUCAAACUGUUUUCUUUGCUGCAAUGCCAACAGCGUAGACCAAGUUGCACUGUUUACUGUUCGCUAUGCGCUAAAAAAUUCUUCGUUUUUUGAGAACGGUGGGAUUUAUGAUGACAUUUUUUGGUGCAUUGCCCGCACAUGUUUGGAAGCCGUGUGGAUGGUGUUAAGUAGUGAGCAAUGUGCUUCUUUGCAAGAUCCGGAAGUGGUCGAGUUUUUGUGUCGCGUACAAGGAAAAAUUGGACUUCCGCUGCACUUGCAGCGCAGAACACACAGGAUUAUUUCCGGGUGGCUUCACAAGUGCGACGUCAAGAGUACUGAUUAUGAACCGGACGCGCAACGGCACGCACUUUGGCUUGUCAGUAGCUUUGGACAGGGCCUAUACUCGCCUUCAGCGACGGAAAAUAAUAUGGAGAGCGCAGCAACGCAGGGAAGCCGCAGCCUUGGCUACGAGAGGCAACAGACAGCUGCAACAUCUCCUGCUUUUCUCUCGGACGCGCACGUAGAUGGUAAAGCAAACGACUGUUUUUCCUUCCGUCGCGCUGUUGCACUUAAUCUGUUGAAGUUAGCGCAGAAGGCUCUUCGUACACCCACGCAAACCCCACCGUCCAUGGUUUUUGACGUGUUGACAGUAUUGCGCGGCAUCUCGCAUUUGACAGCCGUUUCCUCAGUUUCAAUCCCGCUGGAGGGAACCGUGAACGAGGUUGAGCAAAUCUACCUAGUCAUAAAGGAUUUUGUCGCGGCCGUCUCUCCGUUGAAUCCCAGCGCCUCUUUGCAGCCCGCAGCACACUGCCUCUGCAAUUUGAUGGAUGAGUUUGUUAGACCACGGCGCGCUUCAGGCUUCAGCGACGAAUAUUCUCUGUCGCUUGUCGCUGCGACACUGAGCGGAACGCUUGCUUCUUGGUUGCACAGAGGCGCUUCGCUAUCGGCACCGCCGGCUCAAGUCCCGUGCACUUUGGCGGUGGUUUUGCCCUAUCUCGUGCGCCUCGAUCUCCCGCUCUAUACAACAGCCCUGCAGUGUGUUGAACUUCUUGCUGAAUGGGGUGCGAGCGUAGAGGUCGUCGCCGUGCAUAACGUUUUGCUACCACGGUUUGUGGAGGACUUGGUUGACAUUCAGUGGAAUUCGCCCAUGGCCGCAAGUUGGAACAAAGCGCUACUUUCUUUUUUGGGGCACGUUGUUUCUUGUGUGCGCGACGGCAAAGAGCAGCUCUCUCGCCGGGUGUGGGAGGGUAUGUGGCAAGGCGCGGGCACCUCCGAUGCGUGCCACAGUCAGGACGUUAAAGAAUGGGUUCAGCUUACGCUGCGGCAGCUGGUUCGUGACCUCAUUCCCAAAUCGCCGCAGUGGGAGCUAUGUCGCCUCGUCAUUCUUGGCACUCCCAUUCAGCGAACGGCCUCGAAAGCGGACGUGACUGUUCAACAUGAACUGGAAGCAAACGACGCCCAGUUGUCGUUUCGCAUCGCAGCGGACCUGGAGGAAAGCUGGUGGCUCGCCCUGUUGGCCGAGACGCAGGCAGAGUUUGCGUUGAACGCGGCAAACGCGUUGGAUGCGGACAGUUCUCACUCUCUCCUGUUCGAAUUCGGAAAAGCACUUGACUCUCUCUUUGACUCGAGCAGAAGCGGCGUCGCGAGCGUGGAAGAAGUACAAAACUGCUGCUUGCUGCGAGAACGUGUCAGCACGGCUCUUUUGUCUUCAACCGAGGCGGCUCUGGCCGCUUUAAACCACUUCACUUUUUCCAACUUAGACCGACGGCGUGCUGUACUCAACGAGUUGCGCCGGAUGGUCAUCAACGAAUCUCAGCCGCAUCCGGUGUCGGACAUGCUUACGGCUUCGUGGGCCGACGUCUACUUCGACAUCCUCUUUGAGCGCGCAACGUGCGUUGACGAGGGACUGUGGGUCGCUUGCGCGCUAGCUGCCGUGGAGGUUGGCGGAAGUCAGCUGGAUUGGGUCAUCCCAGCGCUGCAGUUGCUGAUUGCCGCGAGCUCAACGCGAUGGAAGCGCAGUUUUCUGCGCCAUGCAGGACAGUUGGCGAAGCGCGACGAAACCCAAGGGCGAGUGCGCAGCUUUUUUGUCGGCGCAACCGACAGACUUGCGGCCUCGCAAGACCCGUCUGCUGUGUGGAAGGCCGAGUUACUGGUGGAGGUGACAUUUGUUUUUACCGCCUGA